GGGAGAGGGUGACAGUGUGUAUGAGAAAGAAGGAGAGAAAAAGAGUGACAAAAGCAGCUAGUUCCAUGGACUGAAAGUGGAAAACAAGCAAGAGGGAAGGAGGGAGGGAAAGAAAAGUGUUUGAGAGAAAGAGAGAUCUUCUCCCCUCUGUUCUGGUGGCUGUUUUCUUUGCUGUGAGCCUGAGAAGGGGGAGGACCUAAACUCAGCGCUCAGAGUCAAUACUGGACCCCUACUGGACUCCGAUGCCCUUACUGGAGUCCACCGCGCUACACACAAACACGCUCUCACACACACACACACAUACUCUCUCACACGGUGACACACACACACGCUCCCUCAGACCCCUGCAGCUACUGCAGCCUACUACUGCAGAACGGAGCAGAGGGAGAAACAGAGAACGAGAGGGAGAAAGGAGGGGAAGUCGUUCGUUGUUACUACUUGUUGCUGAUUGCUUUCCGUGCGGUGCGUUGAGGAUGAUAUUCCCUGUCUUUUCCUAGCGGGAGCUUGUCUGAGCAGGAUCGCCCCCUGAGAGAACAGGCCGCAGACGGAGUAUGCCCAGUAGCACCCGGACAAGACCAUACCACCCAUGGAACCUGCCGCCGCAGCCACACCCUUCAGAGUCACCGGCUUUCUGAGUCGGAGGCUGAAGGGUUCUAUAAAGCGCACUAAGAGCCAGCCCAAACUGGACCGUAACUCCAGCUUCAGACACAUCCUGCCUGGAUUCAGGAGUGUGGACAAUGAGAGUUCUAAUCUGAUGCCGAGGCUGAAGGAGUCUCGCAGCCACGAGUCGUUGCUCAGCCCCAGUAGUGCUGUGGAGGCCGUGGACCUCAGCAUGGAGGACGAGGUGCUCAUCAAACCUGUUCACAGCUCCAUCCUCGGACAGGACUACUGCUUCCAGGUCACCACCUCAACAGGAAGUAAAUGUUUCUCCUGUCGAUCUUCAUCAGAGAGGGACAAGUGGAUGGAGAACCUGAGGAGAGCCGUCCACCCCAACAAGGACAACAGCCGUCGGGUGGAGAACAUGCUGAAGCUGUGGAUCAUCGAAGCCAAGGACAUUCCGGCCAAGAAGAAGUACUUCUGCGAGUUGUGUCUGGACGACACCCUGUACGCCCGCACCACCUGCAAGCUCAAGACCGACAACGUCUUCUGGGGCGAGCACUUUGAGUUCAACAACCUCCCGGCUGCCAAGAGCAUCACGGUCCACCUCUACAAGGACUCGGACAAGAAAAAGAAAAAAGACAAGAACAAUUACAUCGGACUGGUCAACAUCCCAGUCGCCGCGGUGACGGGAAGGCAGUUCAUGGAGAAGUGGUACCCGGUAAGCACUCCGACGCCCAACAAGGGGAAGACGCCAGGGCCCAUGAUUCGGAUCAAGGCCCGCUACCAGAGCAUGAACAUCCUGCCUAUGGAGAUGUAUAAGGAGUUUGCAGAGUACACCACCAAUAACUACAUGUUGCUGUGCUCCGUGCUGGAGCCUGGCAUCAGUGUGAAGAACAAGGAGGAGAUGGCUUCUGCCCUGGUCCACAUUCUACAGAGCACCGGCAAGGCCAAGGACUUCCUGACAGACCUGAUGAUGUCAGAGGUGGACCGGUGUGGGGAGAACGAGCACCUGAUCUUCCGAGAGAACACGCUGGCCACCAAGGCUAUAGAGGAGUACCUCAAACUAGUGGGGCAGAAGUACCUACAGGAUGCACUCGGUGAGUUUAUCAAGGCGUUGUAUGAGUCAGAUGAGAACUGUGAGGUGGACCCGUCCAAGUGUUCGUCCAAUGACCUGCAGGAGCACCAGAGCAACCUGAAGAUGUGCUGUGAGCUGGCCUUCUGCAAGAUCAUAAACUCCUACUGUGUGUUUCCACGGGAACUCAAGGAGGUGUUUGCAUCGUGGCGACAGGAGUGCAGUAGCCGGGGGCGACCGGACAUCAGCGAGCGUCUGAUCAGCGCGUCUCUGUUCCUGCGUUUCCUGUGUCCGGCCGUUAUGUCCCCGUCGCUUUUCAACCUGAUGCAGGAAUACCCUGAUGACCGCACCGCACGCACACUCACACUCAUCGCCAAGGUCACGCAGAACCUGGCCAACUUCGCCAAGUUUGGCAGUAAGGAGGAGUACAUGUCCUUCAUGAACCAGUUCCUAGAACAUGAGUGGACCAACAUGCAGCGCUUCCUGCUGGAGAUCUCUAACCCAGAGACCAUCUCUAACACUGCAGGGUUCGAAGGUUACAUAGACCUGGGACGGGAGCUGUCCACCCUGCACAACCUGCUGUCAGAGGUCGUCUCUACCAUGGACCAGAGCUCCGCCUCCAAGCUAGGCCCCCUACCCAGGAUCCUCCGGGAGGUGAACACAGCGCUGAACAACCCGUCCAGCAUGACCAUGAGCAUGACCCCUCCGUCCUCCUCUGACCGUAUGGGGUCACCGCCCAAUGCCGGGGCAGGCUGCAGCAUCUCCACCGGCCUACAGAAGAUGGUCAUCGACAAUGACCUUUCAGGGUUGGUGGACUUUACCCGGUUACCCUCCCCCACCCCGGAGAACAAGGAACUCUUCUUUGUCACCAGGAACGCUGGGAUCCAGCCCACCCCGGCCCGCAGCUCUAGCUACUCUGAAUCCAAUGAGCCCGACCUGGGCAUAGCCAACGGCAGCAAGAGCCUGUCCAUGGUGGACCUCCAGGACCCCCACAGCUUAGAGAGUGGCCCUGGCCCUGGCACGACAGACGGCCUGGGAGAGGGCAUCAUUCCUGGGGGAGUGUGGUCGGCCCGAACCCCCCAAGGGAACAUCACUGGAGGUCCUACUCUGAGAAGGCCCGUCCAGACCCCCACCACCCCCGGAUCGGAGAGCGCCCCAGGCAGACCUGCUCAGCUUCUAGCCCCCCUGUCCUUCCAGAACCCUGUCUACCAGAUGGCGGCAGGGCUGCCCUUGUCGCCGCGGGGCCUGGUCGACUCGGGUUCUGAGGGCCACAGCUCCCACAGUUCCCAUAGCAACAAUGAGGAUGGGCCAGGAGGAGGAGGGGGGAUACACAACUCCUUCCUGAACCACGGAGUAGGAGGUGGGGGGAGCUGCGUGGAGGAGUAUGCCCGUCGUUCAGGGGAGUUCAUAGGCACGCGGAGGCAGCUGUCACUCACAGAGGCCCAGCACCAGCCCACCGUGCCCAGACAGAAUAGCGCCGGCCCCCAGCGCAGGAUAGACCAGCCCCCUCCACAGACCACCGUCACCAGGGGCCGCACGCCCCCAAACCUGCUCAACAGCGGGCCCUACCCGCGCCCCUCCAGCAGCAGCAUGAUGUCAUCCCCCGACUGGCCCGGCAACGGGGCGCGGCUACGGCAACAGUCGUCAUCAUCAAAAGGAGACAGCCCAGAGAGCAAGCAGAGAGCCCAGCACAAACAGGCCCCCUCCCCAGUGAAGCCCAAUGCACUGGACCGUACGGCUGCCUGGCUGUUGAAUAUGAAUGUUCAGUAUGUAGACCAUGAGGGGAUGGACCCCGAGUUCAGAAACAGAGAGGAUCUCACUCAGGCCGAGAAGUACCAGCAGGAGAUUGUGGUCCUCCAGGAGAAGCUGCGUGUGUCGGUCCAGAAGCUGGAGGAGUAUGAGGCUCGUCUGAAGGGUCAGGACGACGGUGCUCAAAAGGUGCUGAUGGAGUACCAGGCACGGCUAGAGGAGUCUGAGGAACGCCUGAGACGACAGCAGGAUGACAAGGACCUCCAGAUGAAGGGUAUUAUAAGCAGGUUAAUGUCGGUGGAAGAGGAGCUAAAAAAAGAUCACAAUGACAUGCAGGCUGUGGUUGACUCCAAACAGAAGAUCAUUGAUGCACAGGAGAAACGUAUAGCGUCCCUGGACACGGCCAACGCCCGUCUGAUGAGUGCCCUGACCCAGCUGAAGGAGCGCUACAGCAUGCAGACCCGUAACGGCAUCUCACCGACCAACCCCACCAAGCUCCAGAUCACUGAGAAUGGAGAGUUCAGGAACAGCAGCAACUGCUAGAGGCAGAGAGAAAGAGUGUGUGUGUGUGUGUGUGUGUGUGUGUGUGUGUGUGUGUGUGUGUGUGUGUGUGUGUGUGUGUGUGUGUGUGUGUGUGUGUGUGUGUGUGUGUGUGUGUGUGUGUGUGUGUGUGUGUGUGUGUGUGUGUGUGUGUGUUUGCUGGUGCUUGUAGAGGACACUUCCUUAUAUGGACACUACAUGGUGAGGAGAAUGUGAGUGAGGAGACCACUGCCAGGGGCCAAGCGAGGAGGCGGGUCUUCAGUUUGACAGACAGCAAAAGAGACAGCGAAUCAAUGGACAGAGCUAAACACCAGAUGGGCCCUGCAGAGGAGAAGCCGGGACAAGCUGUAGACAUGAACUGAACUCUCCGUCAAUCAAUCGACUUGGAUGUUUCCAUUGGAUGUAUGCAGUUGCUGGGACAAUUUCAGGCUCUCUUCCCUAAAGCUUGGGUCAAACCACUAUAUAAUCAACACAUUGUCUGUCAGAUAGUCACCGAAAACCUCUUUACUCUCCUCUUCUCUUCUUCUCUGUUCUCCUUUCCUCUCCUCUUUUCUCUUCUCUGUUUUCCUCUCCUUUCCUGACCUCCUCUCUUCUUCUCUCUGCUAGGAGCAGGUUAUGUGGACCUUGUACAAAACAAUAACAAAAACAAUGGUUUAUUUAGAUCUUAUCUCAUUCUUUUAAAAACCAAAUAGGAGCUUUGAAAUAUUUUUUUGUCCAAACUGAUCUUUAUUUUUAAGUCCCUGAGUGUGUUCCAAAGUGCCCCACUAUCCCCUACCCCCAUGUCCCCUACAUAGUGCACUUUGUGAAAGUCAUUGGUACAUGAAACGCCUUAAGUAAGGAACACACCUCUACUUUGUCCUUCAGCCCCCUUCUUCCUGCCAUAAAAGGCACAACUUAUAAUACUGUGGAUUCGUAAAGGAAUACAUAUACUGUAUAAAUACAUCACGUAAUGUAUUAUAAACCCUAAAUAAUGAACUAUAUGUGAGACUAUAUUAAUGAUAUUUAAUAUAGAUGUAUGCAUAUUUAUUUUUUUCCUCUAUAAAGUAUACAUGAGAUAUAGUUAUAUUUGAAAGACUGCAGCUAUAUAUGUGUAUUAUAGGGCAUAGGGGGAGAGACUGCAGCUAUAUAUGUGUAUUAUAGGGCAUAGGGGGAGAGACUGCAGCCAUACUGUGAGUAGCACCAUCAACAGAUUAAAUAGUUAGAAUGCUAUUUUAUUUCUUCUAAACCUUUAGUUUAUCCAGGUUUUCUGGACAGACCUGGUUGGGUCGAGGUUUGCUUUAGUGCUUCACCAUUAAUGUUGAAUCAACGUUGAAUCAAUGUUGUAUGUUGGUUGUGUGUCCCUCUGCAUUUGGAGCUAUAGGACUGGCUCAUUGUCAUGGCUUGAAUGGAAUGAAUGGUCAAACAUGGUAUCAAACACAUGGCAACCACAUGUUUGACUCCAUUCCAAAACUCCAUUCCAGCCAUUGCAAUGAGCCUGUCCUCCUAUAGCUCCUCCCACCAGCCAUGGUUGGUCUCAUAGCCCCUGUAGUACAAGGAGAGAGAGAGUUGUGUUGUUUAACACAACAUUAUACUAUACACUGGACUGGUGUCGGUCACGUGACCUCACAGAUUUGAAUAUUACUUUUUCUUAAAACUCUUAAGUAAGAAUGUUACUCUUAAUUCCUGUUUGUAAAUUAAUGUCAAUGAAGCAUGCUGCAUCGAGACUGUGACCUCCCACUUCGCUUUCAAGUAUCUCUCUCUCCUCUAUUUCUCUCCCCUUCUCCUUCAUUCCCUCUCUCCAUCUCUCUCCUCUAUUUUUCUCCCCUUCUCCUUCAUUCCCUCUCUCCCUCUCUCUCUCUCCUCUAUUUCUCUCCCCUUCUCCUUCAUUCCCUCUCUCCCUCUCUCUCUCCUCUAUUUCUCUCCCCUUCUCCUUCAUUCCCUCUCUCCCUCUCUCUCUCUCUUCUGAAUGUGAAGAUGCUACUCAAACACAGUUGGUCUUAAAAUUGGGUGUUUAAGUCCUUCUGAAUGAUCCGAUAGCUGCUGUUCGGCUCACCCCCACCAGACAUUUCAACAUCUAUAUUUGGUAUAUUUUUCUAUUCCUUUUUCUUACCUUUACAGAUUAAUUAAUAAGUGUGAUGAAAUCUGCAUGCUUCAUUUUGGUGCUAUAACCAAUGGUAGCGCCAGACUGUCAGCUUUUGUUUUCGGUUGCCAAUAUAGGAAGAUGAUGAACUUCUUUUUUUAUGAGUUGCUACAGAAAUAAACAUAUAUAAUAUGUGAUUAUAUAUCCUAUUAUAUACAGUUUCCAGUCCAAAGUUUGGACACACCUACUUAUUCAAGUUUUUUUUCUUUAUUUUUAAUAUUUUCUGCAUUGUAGAAUAGUAGUGAAGACAUCAAAACUAUGAAAUAACACAUGGAAUCAUGUAGUAACCAAAAAAAGUGUUAAACAAAUCUAAAUAUAUUUAGUAGCUAACCUUUGCCUCGAUGAUAGCUUUGCACACUCUUGGCAUUCUAUCAACCAGCUUCAUGAGGUAGUCACCUGGAAUACAUUUCAAUUAACAAGUGUGCCUUGUUAUAAUAAUGUAUUUCCUUCUUAACACAUUUGAGCCAAUCAGUUGUGUUGUGACAAUGUAUGGGUGGUAUACAGAAGAUAGCCCUAUUUAGUGAAAGACCAUAUUAUGGCAAGAACAGCUCAAAUAAGCAAAGAGAAAUGACAGUCCAUCAUUACUUUAAGACAUGAAGGUCAGUCAAUAUGGAACCUUUCAAGAACUUUGACAGUUUCUUCAAGUGCAGUAGCAAAAACCGUCAAGGCAAUGAUGAAACUUGCUCCAGAGUUUCCUCUGUUGCAGAGGAUAAAUUCAUUAGAGUUAACUGCACCUCAGAUUGCAGCCCAAAUAAAUGCUUCACAGAGUUCAAGUAACAGACACAUCUCAACAUCAACUGUUCAGAGGAGACUGCGUGAAUCAGGGCUUCAUGGUCGAAUAGCUGCAAAGAAACACUACUAAAGGACACCAAUAAGAAGAAGAGACUUGCUUGGGCAAAAAUACGAGCAAUGGGCAUUAGACUGGUGGAAAUCUGUCCUUUGGUCUGAUUAAUCCAAACUUGAGAUUUUUGGUUCCUUCCUCCAUGUCUUUGUUAGACACAGAGUAGGUGAUCUCCGCAUGUGUGGUUUCCACCGUGAAGCAUGGAGGAGGUGUGAUGGUGUGGGGGUGCAUUGCUGGUGACACUGUCAGGGAUUUAUUUAGAAUUCAGUGAUACGCCAUCCUACCUGGUUUACGCUUUGUGGGGUUAUCAUUUGGUUUUCAACAGGACAAUGACCCAACAAACCUCCAGGCUGGGUAAGGGCAUUUGACCAAGAAGGAGAGCGAUGGAGUGCUGCAUCAGAUGACCAGGCCUCCACAAUCACCCAACUUCAACCCAAUUGAGAUGGUUUGGGAUGAGUUAGACCACAGAAUGAAGGAAAAGCAGCCAACAAGUCCUCAGCAUAAGUGGGAACUCCUUCAAAACUGUUGGAAAAGCAUUCCAGAUGAAACUGGUUGAGAGAAUGCCAAUAGUGUGCAAUGCUGUCAUCAAGGCAAAGGGUGGCUACUUUGAAGAAUCUAAAAUAUAUGUCACGUCCACUCCCGCUCCCCCUCUCUGGCGCUAGUUGUCACCAGUUGACUCAUUAUUACGCACAACUGUCAUCGUUACGCUCACCUUCCUGAUUACCUCCCCUACAUCUGUCACUCCCUUUGGUUCUUUCGCCAGGCGUUUUUGACUCUGUUUAUAUGUUUCAUGUCUGUAUGCUACUCGUGUCUCUUGUUUUGUUCCAUGUUCAUUUAUUAAUUAAAUUCACUCCUUGUACUUACUUCCCGAUUAUUAGGGUACACGUUAUUAGCGUACACGUUAUUAGCGUACACGUUAUUAGCGUACACGUUAUUAGCGUACACGUUAUUAGCGUACACGUUAUUAGCGUACACGUUAUUAGCGUACACGUUAUUAGGGUACACGUUUUUAGCGUACACGUUAUUAGGGUACACGUUAUUAGCGUACACGUUAUUAGCGUACACGUUAUUAGGGUACACGUUAUUAGCGUACACGUUAUUAGGGUACACGUUAUUAGCGUACACGUUAUUAGGGUACACGUUAUUAGCGUACACGUUAUUAGGGUACACGUUUUUAGCGUACACGUUAUUAGGGUACACGUUAUUAGCGUACACGUUAUUAGCGUACACGUUAUUAGGGUACACGUUAUUAGCGUACACGUUAUUAGGGUACACGUUAUUAGCGUACACGUUAUUAGGGUACACGUUAUUAGCGUACACGUUAUUAGGGUACACGUUAUUAGCGUACACGUUAUUAGGGUACACGUUAUUAGGGUACACGUUAUUAGCGUACACGUUAUUAGGGUACACGUUAUUAGGGUACACGUUAUUAGCGUACACGUUAUUAGGGUACACGUUAUUAGCGUACACGUUAUUAGCGUACACGUUAUAGAAUAACACCUCACCAAAGGGAAGCAACAGGGAUGAUUUUUUACUGGUGACGUCGGGUCCAAGGGCGGCUGCAGAAGCAACCAGGGAUGCCUCAGCUGGCUCGUCAGGCUCCCAUGACAGCUGGCUCAUCAGGCUUCCAUGACAGAUGGCUCGUCAGGCUUCCAUGACAGCUGGCUCAUCAGGCUUCCAUGACAGCUGGCUCAUCAGGCUUCCAUGACAGCUGGCUCGUCAGGCUUCCAUGACAGCUGGCUCGUCAGGCUUCUGUGACAGCUGGCUCGUCAGGCUUCCGUGACAGCUGGCUCGUCAGGCUUCCGUGACAGCUGGCUCGACAGGUUCUCAAGCCUCGGUUGGUUCGUCAGGCUUCCAUGCCUCAGCUAGCUCGUCGGGCUCCAUGCCGGCUCUACAGGUUCCCACGCCUCAGCUGGCUCUACAGGUUCCCGCUCCUCAGCUGGCUCUACAGGUUCCCGCGCCUCAGCUGGCUCUGCAGGUUCCCGCUGCUCAGCUGGCUCUACAGGUUCCCGCUCCUCAGCUGGCUCUACAGGUUCCCGCUCCUCAGCCGGCUCUACAGGUUCCCGCACCUCAGCUGGCUCUACAGGUUCCCGCGCCUCAGCUGGCUCUACAGGUUCCAGUGCCUCAGCUGGCUCUACAGGUUCCCGCUCCUCAGCCGGCUCUACAGGUUCCCGCGCCUCAGCUGGCUCUGCAGGUUCCCGCUGCUCAGCUGGCUCUGCAGGUUCCCGCAUCUCAGCUGGCAAGAACAGGUUCCCGCGCCUCAGCAGAAGAGAUCGGCCUGCUGCUGGUCCUCGGGACCGUCCCUCUGGUCGUCGUCCUGCGGCUGGAGCCGCACGUCAGUGAGGGGGUACUGUCACGUAUAAUCCUGCUCCCCCUCUCUGCUCAUUGUCUCCAGUUUACUCAUUACUAUGCACAACUGUCAUCGUUAUGCUAACCUGGCCUGAUGAGACUCACCUGGACUCCAUCACCUUCCUGAUCACCUCCUGUAUAUCUGUCACUCCCUUUGGUUCCUUCCCCAGGCGUUAUUGACUCCAUGUUUCAUGUUUGUACGCUACUCGUGUUUCUUGUUUUGUUCCAUUUUCGUUUAUUUAUUAAAUUCACUCCCUGUACUUGCUUCCCGAUUUAUUAGCGUACACAUUAGUAUAAAAUAUUUUUUUAUUCGUUUAACACUUUUUUUGGUUGCCACAUGAUUACAUGACUACAUGAUAUGUGUUAUUUCAUCGUUUUGAUGUCUUCACUAUUAUUCUACAAUAUAGAAAAUAGUCCAAAUAAAGAAAAACCCUUGAAUGAGUAGGUGUGUCCAAACUUUUGCCUGGUACUGUAAAUGAUAACGAUGAAUGUAUCAAGAGGCUGGACAGGCUUGGAGACGACUGUAAAUUAAAUGUUCACAAUAUUUUUACCUAAUGUUAAAAAUAGUUUUUUUUAUGUACCUUGUGUUCAAUAAUACUGCUCUAUCGAUCGAUAUGACAUCAUGUAAAUUGUAAAUAGCUCAGUCAGUCAUCUGUCCUGUUCAGUUAGAUCUCCAGGUUUUAGCCUGUAGAUCUAAGUCUCUCCUCUCCGCCGCCACAUUCAUUAUUCUCUUUUUCGAUCAAGGGAAAACCACUUUAAAAUUAAUAGUUGGAUGAUUUCAGGUGUGUAGAGGACAGGGAGAAUCCAAACGUCCAGCAUUCUAUGACCAAUCAAUUGUGGAGAAAGAGAAACACAAGCACAAAAUCCCAUUUCUCAUCAGCCCAGCUCUAUGCACUUUUAAAAUGGGGUUUUAAGCAUUAUUAGUCUACGUUCCAUAAAAACUCCAUCUUUUGGAGUGCAGAAAUGUGCACUCCGGGCUUGAUUAGCCAUGUAGUGGAGUGCACUACCGAACCACGAGAUAUCAGAUGAUUGGCUCAAACUUCAACAAUGAUGUAUUUUAUUUCCAGAGUUUGAAGGGGAAAAGAGAGUACUGACUGUGAUAUUAGAGACUUAAGUCUAGUCCCCUGAGUAGUCUCCACUUCUCAUCCGUAGCCCUCUACCGUGGAACCCUACCUUACAAACUAGCCUGUGCCAUUGAAAUGCCAACUCUCCCAAAUCAGCUAGAUUAAUACUGGUAUAAACCUUCUAAUGAUCUAUUAGUAUUACCAAGGCAACACAACAUGAAUCCUCUUCCAUAGAAAUAGGGAAUGCAAUGUCAUUUCAUUUGGCUAUCAAUUCUAAAUCUUGGGUAUGUUUCUGGUAGCAUCCCAGCUCUGUUCCACCUUCAUUAAGUUGUUAAAGAAUAUAAGAGAGUCAGAGAGAGAAAUGUGGUGAUGAUGUCUCUGUAGCCACACAAACUCAUUAUACAUACAGUACAGUUAGAGCCAGUGAGAAAAAUACUAUAAACUAAAUAUACAUCUAUAAAUAAAGUGAAAGAUGUUGUAUGUUUUCUAAUAUCUUAGAAAAUAAUUUUGUAAGUAUGUUGAAAGUGAAGUAUUUGCUGGAUUCUGCUUCCUUGGACAACAGUGGUGAAAACAAUAAUGUACAGAGGAAUUUGUGUUGAUGAUAUAUUCAAAACAAUGUGGCUGUGCAAUUUAUGUACAUUUGCAACUAGACUUAUUAAAGUUUUAUUUAGCUAUUUUAA